AUGGUAAGUGGAACGGGCCCAGCACCGAAUCAGGCUGACACGGUCGCAUUCUGCCGCAGGCUAUGGUCAGAGCCCGUAAACCACAGUGAGGGCUCUUGGACGGAAGUUGUGGCGAGUCAGUGUGCGGGUAUAACGCCCAUGGACCCCGUCAUCAUAACGCCGGAUGACGUAGCUGAGGCGGUCCCUGGGGCCCCGAACUGGAAAAGUUCCAAAAGACGAGGCUUGACGGGCUGCAUCACUACCGGCUGA